GCGCCAUGGCAGGCCGCAGAGCCGCUCUCAAGGCCAUCGACUGGGCCGCCUUCUCGGAGCGGGUGCCCCCCAACCAGCGGGCCAUGUUCAACGCGCUCAAGACCCGCAGCGACGCCCUGUCGGCCCGCCUGGCCGCCCUGCCCGAGAAGCCCCCGGCCAUCGACUGGGCCUAUUACAAGGCUGCCGUGGCCAAGGCCGGCAUGGUGGACGACUUCCAGAAGAAGUUCAGUGCACUGAAGGUUCCUGAGCCAGUGGACACACAAACUGCCAAGGUUGAUGCCCAAGAAAAGGAAGCUGCAAAGAGCAGUGCUGAGUAUGUGCAGGCCUCCAAAGCUCGUAUUGCCCAGUACGAGCAGGAGCUGCAGAAGUUCAGGAACAUGAUUCCCUUUGAGCAGAUGACGUUUGAGGACCUGCACGAAGUCUUCCCUGAAACCAGACUGGACAAGGAGAAGUAUCCGUACUGGCCACACAAACCGAUUGCGGAUCUGUGAAGAUGUCCCUUUCUCUACAGCAGUUUAUCUAAUGACUGCUGGAUUCUAGAAUCUUUUAAAUAAAAUAUUUUCCCUCCUGGCUGAUGGGUUAGAUCUUAGUUAUGGGGUUGCAAGGAUUUGAGAUAUAUGGAGCAAUAUAUAUAUUCAUAGUAUAUUCACAA